AUGUCUAACGUUCAAGAUCAGCUAGAGGGAUUGCCCGGAUAUGAUAUUGUCAUGGAUUAUUGGAACGAUUAUGCGGAAGAACAUAUAAAAGUAGGCAAAAAUCCAUACGAGGACGAGAACGGAAAUAAGCUUAGAUUACCCAAAAACACCACUAAAGAAGAACAGAAGAUCUGGAAAAGGGUGCAAAGUACGGCAUGGGUACACGAUAAGUGUUUCCUUGGAUCUUGUGGGGUUGGUAUGGAUUGUGGUUUGGGUUCCGUUCCAUUGGUGGUUGCCUUAUUUCCAGUGCUAGGACCACUUGUGAUGUAUGGAUUGCAUGCCAGGCUUAUUCACAUUGUCACCAAUGAAUACAAGCUCCCUAAUAAGCUAGUACUACAAAUGGAGUCCCAAAUUGCAUUCGAUCUACUUAUAAGUCUACCACCAAUAUUAGGUGGUUUUUUGGCUUGGCUAAAUGGGUGUCUGACUAGAAAUGCUGGCAUGAUAUACAAUUACUUCGCCUACGUAUCCCUGGAAAGGGAAAAGAAUAAGCAGCCUACCUACGUUGGAACUGGAGACAUUAGUGAAUACUUACGAUCGCCAGAACCGGCGUAUACCAACACUGCCAGACAGAAUAAUUAUCAAUCGUCAAACAACGGUGGUAAGAGCAUAUCUGCAUUUAAAAAGAAGCCACCUGCCAAUAAUACUAAUACAAUAAAGGUUGGAAAUCAACAGCAAUCUGGAUUUGUAUAG